AUUGUUGACGCAAUCGAACAGAACUUGAACGUAAUUAAACAGAAUUUACGAUAAAAUUAAAAUAAUUUGAUGAGAUAAAUUAAAGUAAAUCUGAAUUACCGACCGAGCUGUUGUACUAUCAGGUACCCCGAAUAUAUUUCGAAUGUGCAGAUGGCGCGGAUGAAAAUCUCUGAGCGCGAAUUUCGAAAUGCAACUCAUUUGCGGAAAUUUGUAUAUUAAUUUUUGACAGCUGCAAAUCAGUAUUUGCAGAAUGACGAAGCUCCAGUUUUAUUAAUUAUUGAUUUCCAAGUGAAAUAUUAUUACACGAGGUUCCUCGAAUAAUCGAUAUUCUCAAGUGCAGAAAGCACUAAUGCGUUUAAUAGGUAACGAAUAGCGUUGACUCGGCGUCGAUCUAACCUUUGCGUGACAAGUCAUACACGACAUCGAGUGCUAAAUUAACAACAAUUAGUUACGGCAGAGAGAAGCGGGGAGUCCAGGAGGCUUCUCUCUGCUUCAAUUUGUAAUGCAAAUCGGGAAUGCUUUUUAUCUUUGCGUGUAAUUGGCAUGUGGCAUUGCAAUGAGAUGUUUUGCUGCAGCAUGUAACUCUCCACGUCUCCACCCACGACACGCAUCGGAAAGAAGCGAAUAAAUUUUACACACCAGGUGUCGGACUUUCAUAGAUACUUUAGUCAGUCAGCCAACAAGCAUCUCACCUCAUGUUGCAUAGAAAGAUGGAGCGGACCUCCAGAUUUGUGGAUAUGCUGAAGGAAAGGCGAAAGGAUUGCGAUUUUUUCUGGGUAACGCGUCCCAUGGAUCCGUUGGUACCGCACAUACUGCCGCCGGAGUCGCUUUACAGCAGGGAUCAAGUGAUAGAGUCCGUACUGCUCGACGCACAGGUCAGGGCUGCAAUUGAUACGAUAGUGCAGACAACAGGUGCUUCGCUUCAGGAUGUGGAGAAGAGCGCACGGAUUAUGAUAAACGAGAUGGCUAGUAAAGCGGACUUGGCGACGGUUCGGUGGCUAGGUAUUUUUAUCACGAAAGCCAUGAAGAGGAUGUUCUCAAAAAUUUACAUAAACGACGCCAUUCUGCAUAAUUUGAAGAGGGAAACGCAGAUAUCUCAAGUGCAGUACAUCUACGUGCCGUCUCACAGAAGUUACUUCGACUUCAUUCUGCUGUCGUACAUCCUGUUCUCCCACGACAUGGCACUACCGAACAUCGCCGCUGGCAUGGAUUUUUAUAACAUGAAGAUAGUGGGCGAGCUGUUGCGGAAAACCGGGGCGUUUUAUAUACGGCGCAGCUUCUCGAACGAUUUGCUGUACAAGCAGAUCUUCCGGGCGUACAUCAGUACCAUUGUCAGUCACAGUAACAGGGCGAUUGAGUUUUUCGUUGAGGGUACCCGGAGUCGCAGUCAGAAGAGUACAGUGCCCAAGUAUGGCCUGCUGUCCAUCAUCUUGGAAAGUGUGCUUCAAGGCGACGUGCCUGACAUACGUUUCGUACCUAUGAGCAUCAGCUACGAGCGGCCACCGGAGGAGCUGUUGUUCGUUUACGAGCUGCUGGGAAUCCCGAAGCCGAAGGAGAGCACAAGCGGGCUCUUCCGGUCUCUCUCGAUACUGCGGAAGCCCUUCUCCCACGGCCGCAUCUUCUUCAACAUCGGGGAACCGAUCUCGGCUUGCCGAUUCAUCGACACGGCGCACCGCAGAAGGAAGGUCAUGCAUCCUUCCUUCAAAGUUCCGCCGUCGAUCGUCGAGGAUAUCGGUUAUCUCAUAAUAGAUUCGCACAAGAGGAAUACUGUACUUAUGCCGAUCAACAUCGUCGCGCUGCUGCUCAAUGAGAGAAUCCAGACGCGGCCGAACGAGCCGUACACGCUCGACUCGUUGAGCACGGACUACCAAUAUGUCAAAGGCUUUAUUACCCAGUCGCUGAAAGCGUCGAUGUGGGAAACCGAAACCAACGACGUCAGUAGGAUCAAGCAGGAGAUAUUGGAAUCUCUAAAGCCGCACAACGAAUUACUUACGUUCGAUUCAUCGAAUACACUAAGAGUCAGGCAAAGACAUAGCGGAACUGCAUUGAAUCGUUCGACGAGGGUCAAGGGUCACGCUCUGUCGGAGCAAACCAUGUUCGUAGCAGUACCCGCCAUCAAUAUCGCGAUCUACGUCAAUCCGACGCUCACUUUCCUGGCGAAGACAGCACUCGUCGCCGCGACAGUGGAAGAGAGCGGCACUCGAGCCGACGUACUUUUGGAACGAUACGAAUUACUGAGAAGAUUACUCAGCACAGAGUUCGUACUGCGUCCGAUCGAGGAUAAGAGCCUGCUAAGGGCCGAAUGGGAGAGUUCGUUGAACAUAUUGCUGGCCGAAGGCUGCCUACGCAGGACGAAGGAUUUGGUGUUUCCGGGCAACAAUACAGGGCUGUUCUCCAUGUUGCACAACGUUGUAUUACCCUUCGUGGACGUUGUGUACGUGAUGUGCAGGCUGUUAUUCGAGUGGACGGAAAAACCAGUGAUCGAGCUGACGGAUCGGGCGGUUCUGGUCGAGAUGCAGAAGGAGGUGGAGAGACUAAUGCUGGAGAACAAAGAGUGGUGCCGACAUCCGUACUGCCUGUCCCUUGAUCUCUAUAGCGCAACAUGGUCGAAUUUACUGUCGCAAGGUGUUGCCGUCGCGCAGGAACGUGGCAAUACGUAUCGUACGGAGAAAGCGAAGCUGGCGCAUCUCAUCGGUGCAUUACGCGAAUUGCCGCUGCGACAUCCCGCGGGAAGCUACGUCGAUGCGCUCCCUUCAAUUAUUUCAAUACCGCCGAUGAACAUGCAGGCUAAAUUAUAACGGCUGUUUAUCACGAAACGGUGGAUGGUUGGAUGCGCGCUGGUUCUAGUGAUGGUAAUAAUAGCACUAAUUAAUAGCAAUAGUUAAUUUCUACUUUAAGGUAUGACGCGUGCGUCGUGUGUCGUUAAUGUGUACAUUCCAUUUUUUCGCAUCGUAAUUUAUAUACGGGUAAAGUGGAAAAAAAUCGCGAGAAGAGAAAUCGCGGUGAGAAGAUAACGUAUUCAAAAGUC